AUGGACGGCUGCGGCGAGGAUGGCCGCCGGCCUUGCGCCGUCUUCAUGGCCUUCGGCACCUACGGCGACGUCUUCCCCAUAGCAGCGCUUGCUGCGGCGUUCGCUAAUGACCAACAACAGUAUACUGUGGUGUUCAUCACUCAUUCAGCACACCAGAGUUUGUUAGCACAUCUAGCAGCCAGUAACGUUAGGUGCAUGCAUGUGUCGAGCCCACCUGUGCUUGCCGCCGAACAACUUGAGAAUAUCUCAUAUAAUUCUGUUGGAUCAACUGCUGAGCAUGAGUCAUUUUCACGGCGGAAAGAGACCAUUCAGAUGGAGCACAGGGAAGAGUGCUUAGCUUCUGUGGAAGAAGUGUUUGGAAAUGAUCCGAGCAUUCAUAGUGACUUUAUCAUGAUCAAUUUCUUCGCCCUGGAAGGUUGGCAUCUUGCAGAAUUGUUUCAAGUUAAGUGCAUCAUUGCUGCUCCCUAUUUUGUUCCUUAUAGUGCUCCUACAUCAUUUGAAAGCCAAUUUAAACAAAGUAUUCCUCUUCUGUACAAGUACUUUCAAGAAGCUCCCAGAAACACGGUCUGCUGGACUGACAUUUCCCAUUGGAUGUGGGCUCUCUUCAUGGAAACUUGGGGACUGUGGAGAAAUGAUUGUCUAAAUCUUAGUCCUAUCCCUUAUACAGAUCCAGUAACAGAUCUUCCGUUGUGGCAUUUGCGUGCAGAGUCGCCAUUGUUGCUGUAUGGUUUCAGCAAGGAAAUUGUGGAGCGCCCAGGAUAUUGGCCCUCCAGUGCUCAUGUUUGUGGCUUUUGGUUUCUUCCUAUGGCUUGGCAGUUUUCUUGUGAUAAAUGCAGUGAUUUAUUGUGUGGAAAUGUCACUUCUCCGUGUGAGGAUAUUCUGUGUGCAAAUCAUGCUGGCCUAGAACACUUCCUCACGGGAAAUUCAUAUUCGUAUUCACCUAUAUUCAUAGGAUUAAGUUCCAUUGGUAGCAUGGGUUUUCUUAGAAAUCCUAAAGCAUUUCUAAUGGUGAUUAAAGCUGUCAUAGAGGCAACAGGUUACAGAUUUAUCCUUUUCACAGCUGGUUACCAGCCAUUGGAUUCAGCAAUCAGAUCUGCUGAUUCUUUAGUAGCACAAUCAAGUGAGUUAGACGCACAUCACUCACCUGCCCUUAGUGGUGACAGCACUCUCCUUUUCAGCAGUCGACUGUUCUGCUUCUCUGGAUCAAUACCAUAUAGCUGGCUUUUCCCCAAAUGUGCAGCUGCUAUUCACCAUGCUGGCAGCGGAUCUACAGCUGCUGCACUACUUGCUGGAAUCCCCCAGGUACCAUGUCCUUUCCUACUGGACCAGUUUUACUGGGCAGAGAGGCUGCACUGGUUAGGGGUGGCGCCUGAGCCCCUAAAGAGGCAACAUCUAAUCCCAGAUACAGAUGACGCUGCGAGCAUUAACAAGGCCACAGACAUGCUUCUUGGAGCUAUCAGAUCAGCAUUAUCACCUGAGAUUAAGGCUCAGGCAACCAGAAUUGCUAACCGACUUGCUUCUGAGGAUGGGAUUGGUGAAGCCCUCAGGAUCCUUAAGGAGAAAGUUCUGCCUGAGCAUAAGGUUGAGUCGCAGAAACCGUAAGAUAUACUGGGAGUUAUAAAAAUGUAAGAUUAUUAUACUACUUAGCUUAGAAUUUUCGUUUGUGCCCGCAUUGGUUUAUCAUUUAUACCUUGUAUUAGCUGGUACCGUCAAUUGUUACCUCGGAGCACCGCAAUACAACCUCAAGUUAUAGAACCUGUUGAUUGGUGAUGGAAUAAAAAUUAUGUAGGCUGUUAUCAUGAUUGGGCAGGAGCUCCGCCUAUCUAUUAAGAAUAAACAUGCAUGUCGCCUGGAUUGUUCUACAGUAAAAAAAUGAACUUUUGAGUGUCUUAAUAAAAAUGACUUUCUAAAAAGAAAUAGAAACACUAAUAAUGUGAGUUAAUUCAACAAAGAGGAGCUCUGCCUAUCUAUUAAGAAUAAACUGGCAUGUUUUUAAACAGGAGGCUGUAGCCCUGCCUUAAAUUAAUAAGGCCGAUAAACAGGCAUGUCACCUGGAUUGUUCUAUUUUUUUGAACUUUUGUCUGUCUUAAUAAAAAUGGCUUUCUGAAAAGAAAUAGAACACAAAAAGAAUGUCAGUUACUUCAACAAAGCACACUUCCACCUGCAUAUAAAAAGAUUCCAGCUUUUCAUUUUACAUUACAAUAUUACAUGCUACGGCCAAAAAGAAGUUGCCAACCUUGGCAGUCCACUGAAUCUGCAAGGCUUGGAGCUGAGAUGGUUCAGUUAGUAUAGUUGUGACUUGCAGAGCUAGCAAACCACUCUGCAAACCGCACCACCAACUCCAUUCUAAUGCAGCCGUUGGAUAUAAUCACGUAAACGACUCCAUCAAUAAAACUCGGGAAAACAACCUGCUUCAGCUCACCUAUAUAUACGAGAACCGAACUUGCAGGCUCCAAGAAGAAGUCACCAGCUCAGGCAGGCAGUUCUUGACCCUCACCACCCC